AUGUCUGCUAGAGCGGGAAAACGGCCGAUGCGGUCGCUCACGGCUCACGAGAAAUUGGAUGCAAUUCGUCGUGUGCACGAUGGGGAGAGCAAAGCCUCCGUCGCCAGGGAUAUCGGAGUGCCGGAGUCCACCCUUAGGGGAUGGUGUAAAAAUGAGGACAAAAUCUCGUAUCUUUCCAGACAGUCUAGUCCCGACACAGACGAAUCGCUAGAAUCUCAAAGUAAAAAAGCUAGGUUGGAUGAUCCCUCGAUGCAGCCGUUCAAUUUGAGUUUAAAAAGCAACAGUGGUACCUUCUCUCCUAAUUCCGAAACCCGCUACGGGGUUCCAGAGUGUACCAAAAAUGAGCCAGAUCCAAGUAAGGCUCCAUUAAAUCUGAACACAAAAACUGAGACGCCUAAAUCGACGUCUGACCACUUGACGGAGAGGGAAAGAAACAGAGCCGAACUUGCGCGUAUGAGCGUAGAAUUAGGCCUCAACAGACCCGAGAUGUUCCUAUCUAAUCUUCAUAAUACCUCGAACUUGGCCGAUUUAAGUGCAAACAUCAACCUGCUGGCCCAUUGGAAUACCCUUUUGUUACAACAGCAACAACAGAAAAUUCAACAGGUCGGUAAAAGUAAAAUCACCGCCCCCGCAGACACCAGUACGCAUGCUGUGACUUCAACGGCCGGCUUACUCGCCAUCGUGGACCAGGAGAAGAACAAGCAUUUACCAAAGGAGCAACAAUCUGUGAACGAGUCCAUUUGGUAUUGGCUGAAAAACCAACAGACCAAACUAGGUUUGAACCAGAACCAGUUACCCAAUAUGCCGCAUUCUAACGGCACCGGGACGUCCAUCACGACGCCCUCGACGAUACCAACGUCUAUAAGCAAUAACGCAGCUCUGAACGGUUUAAACGGCGUUACUCCAGACCAGAGCUCGUGGUUUUGGAAAUGGUAUAAACAAAUCGCCUAUGGCCAACAAGCCCAACAGUUUCCCGCAGCAGAUAAGCCCAUUCUGUACCAGCAACUCACCAAGGAAGCGCCUCAAAAAGACGAGAAAAUCAACACUUCAGCAUCGGACCACCAAAACGUAGAGAAUGUUUUGGUUAACGAAGAAAAGUCCCCAAAUAACAAAACCAUCAACAACAACAUAAAUAACAACAAGGCGAGAUCUGUUCUAGACAACCUUUUGUUCAAUAAUAACAACAACGUCGCCGUGAAUAAGAAGGACAGCAAAGAGGACGAGGAAAUCUUAAGCCAAAGGGAGGCCUUAGAACACGGCGAAAAAUUCCUGAAGUGGUUGGAGGCCUGCAGUGAUCCUUCCGUUACGGCCAUGCAGAUCAUGCAGUUCAAGACUCUGCUGAAUAACGUGAAAACGGGGGCCGAGCGAAAAAACGGCGAUCUGCAGAACAAAACCAAAGUGAAAAGAAAGUGA